CAGCCCAUCUUAAUCUGCAGCAUUCCUCGACUCCUUGGUCUAGAUUCUAGAGGGAGAUUAUGGCAGGCUGCGGCGGCAUCAACAACAAUCAAGUCGAUGAUCAAAUGGCACUCAUUUCUCAUUUUUAUCCCGAUAUUUACACUCAAAUCCUAUCCGAUCAAGGAGAGGCGGCGGAGGCGAAGCCAAGGCGGAGGCGCAAGAAGAACAAGGCCGGCGGGGACGGCGGCCUGACCGGAAUUAGGAAGCGGAAACUCAGCGAAGAACAAGUCAACCUCCUAGAACAAAGCUUCGGCGAUGAGCGCAAGUUAGAGUCCGAGAGGAAAGACCGCCUGGCUUCUGAGCUGGGACUUGACCCCCGCCAGGUCGCCGUCUGGUUCCAAAACCGCCGGGCACGGUGGAAGAAUAAGAAGCUCGAGGAAGAAUACUCCAAACUCAAGGCGGAGCACGAGUCCACCGUCCUUGAAAACUGCCGUCUUGAAACUCAGGUGCUAAAGCUGAAAGAGCAGCUUUGCGACGCCGAGAAUAGGGUUCAGAUGCUACUGGACCGCCGCCACCACGGCGGCGGAGGAGGCGGCGAUGGAGUUUCUAGCAAUAGUCCGAGCACGUCAUCGUUCCCCACGGAGGCGCCGCCGUAUUUCGGAGAGUUCGGAAUGGACGGUCUAGACGACGUGUUCUAUGUGGACGAAAACCAUUACGGUCAUGUUGUGGAUCAAUGGAUUAAAUUCUACGGAAUGUGAUUAUAUUUAUGAACUUCAUUAUUAUUAUUAUGGCCGGAUUAGUUAUUAUAGGUAGCAAGCUAGAUAUGAUAAUGUAUAUAUAUGACCCAUGUCUAAUGUAUAUGUAAAUUAUCCCCCUUUGUUUUUUCUUGUUACUAAGUUAACUGGUAUUAUGUGUACAUAGCACGUAGCAGCAGUGUACUACUAGCUAGUGUGAUUUUAAUAGUAUAUAUAGCUCGGUGUUUACUUAAA